AUGGCAGUACAACCCGAUUUACCAAUUAAGAACAAAUCAAAUGAACCUCUUCGUUUCUUUUUUGCAAGUUUUUCUCAAGGUUUCACUGGUUUUUGUACUAAUCCCAUCGAUGUAAUUAAAACACGUAUGCAAGUAGAUGGUGAAUUACAAAAAACACAUAGUGUUGGUGAACAAAUGCACAAUCGUUAUUAUCAAGGUUUUAUUCGUGGAACACUUCGUAUUGUACGUGAAGAAGGUUUCGCUGGUUUAAUGCGUGGUGCUGUUCCUGGUACAUUACGAGAUGCUACUUAUUCUGGUAUGCGUAUUUAUCUGUAUGAACCAUUCAAAAAUUUAUUGGGUGGUGGUAAUAGUCUUCAUAUAAAAAUUAUAGCUGGCAUAUUUUCCGGUGCUAUAUCAAGUUUUUUUGCAACACCACUUGAUGUUGUUAAAAUUCGUCUUCAAGUUAAAGGUGAACGACGAUAUCGUGGUUUAAUGCAUGGUCUUAUUGAUGUAGGUAAAACAGAAGGUUUAGCAGGCCUUUAUAAAGGUUGGGGACCAACAAUGAUUCGUGCUGCUAUACUUACUGGUAGUCAAGUAGCAUCCUAUGAUCAAAUUAAAAGAUUUCUAAUUGGUCAUGGUUAUAUGCAAGAAGGUAUAGCUUUACAUACGGUAGCUUCAUUUUUUGCUGGUCUUAUUUGUUCAAUAACAACAUCACCAGUAGAUGUAAUUAAAACUCGAUAUCAAAAUACACCAGCUCAUUUAGGCAUAUAUUCAAGUGUAUUUGAUUGUUUUAUUAAAUCAGUUAAAGCUGAAGGUCUUUAUGGUCUUUACAAAGGUUUUUUACCUAAUUGGAUGCGUCUUGGGCCACAUUCAAUCAUGGCAUUUAUUAUUUAUGAUAAUAUGUGCCUUGCUUUUGGUUUGAAACCAAUUUAA